UGAGUGCCUGCCGGAGUCUGCCGCGGAUAAACUCCGAGGCGGCUGCGAUCCCUCGGUGCCUGUGCCGAACGGGCGAUCUCAUCUCCGCGGAGAACAUUUAACCCACAAGGCUGAGAUGGAGGAACACGCGAUGUCACUGUUAGCACAGCUCCGUGCGCAGCGUGCCCGCGGAGAUUUAUGUGACUGCAUGUUUGAAAUUUCCGGGGGAACCACAUUCCCAGCACACCGCGCUGUUCUCGCUGCCUUCAGUCCCCAUCUGGCGGCGCUGUGCUGCGGUGUCUCUGACAGCCUCCCAUCGCGGAUCAUUGAGCUACACACGCCGCCCAACGGGGGAGGACAGACGCCCAAGGAGGACACUUUUCCUUCAGGAAGCAACAUAGCAGAUACGUACACGCACGGUAACUGUCGUGUUAUUAUGGCUCAAGAAAGCGCCACGUCGACAGGAGAUUCGCGCUUCGAUAAUGGUGCGGCCAACGGAAUGGAGGACACCGCUGGGAUGAGCGGUCAGAGAAGAGCAAUGGCAACAAAGACUGGAUCACAGAGUGGCUCUGGCAUCGCUGUGGUCACUCUGAACAAUAACAUCAUAAGCCCCUGCGCCAUCGCUGCCGUCUUGGACUUCAUCUAUUCUGGACAAGUUAGGCUGAAUGGGUGCAGUGCCGAGGAGCUGAAGUCCGCGGCGCUUCAUAUGCAGGUGGAAGCUCUCACGACGCUCCUGCGCACGCAAGGGAUGGACGGACAGAUUCCCACGUGCAAGCAGAAUGUACCCAGCCCCUCCCACCCGGAGGCAGCAGCGACGACGGUUACGUCCAGCAAUGGUGCGUGGGUACCGGUGGCGUCGGCGUUGUCGUCUUCGCGAAGGCGUGGAUUCGCCGUGCCAAGCCGGCCGCGCUCGGACGCGCUGGAGGAGCUUCUGCUUCGCCAAAGCGCGGAGCAGGGUCUGAGCCCUGUGGCGGCAUCGGCAGAAGACGCUGCUUCUAAAGCCGUUACUCCGGUGUCCUCUCUGUCGCCGUGCCACUCAUCACCACCAUUAUCUUCGGAUGAACUGGAAGAUGAGCAGCACUCCGAUACCCCGGCGCAGAGCACCGGUGAAACCGGGAGACUGGUGGAGAACAGCUUCAAAGAGUUUGAGCACGAUGGGAUUCGUAACAGCAACGGCAGCGUAACGGAUGUCGUAAAAGGUGCUAUGGUAAAUGAUUCAGCACCCGCGCCUCUGACUUGUCAUGUGGGUGAUGUUCAAAGCGUGGCAGCAGUAGAUGAAAGGGAAUCGAAGCAGACAUCAGAAGCAGAAUGCAGAAGCGUGGAUGGAGCAGGAGACACGACAUUGAGUGAUGGCGGGAACAGUUCGGCGUCGGGACAGAGAGAGGCGCGUAAAAACCAGCGUAAACAACGCCUGCCAGUGAAGCAGACCGAUCUGUGCUGGUCGUCUCCAGGCCAGCGACCCAGCUUCCGCAGACGCAACCGGGCCAACGUCGCGAACCGCAGGAGGCGGGCGCAAAGAUUGGAGACGACGACGUCGGAAUUGUGGCCAGGGAACGGUGCCGAGGCGGAACGGGACGUUUCGAGCGUAUCCGAUCGGUCAUCGGACGGGAGUUCGGAAGGGCGGUACGAGAGGCCACGCUGUGCAAAAAGCGGUGGCAAAAGGGGCCCCACGGUGGCUUCCGACAGAAAGGCAGCGCGCAAGAAAAUCCGGCGUGUGGCUGCUCCCAAGGUGGCAGUGUCGGCGGCAGCGGUGGAGAGGAGCGUACCAGCGGGGGAGGCCGCCGGGCGCUGCUGCACAAACAGCACCCCGGCCUCCGCAAGGGCCCCCACGGGGCACGUCGGUGAAAAGGAGAGCUGGAUGGAUGCCGGCUUUCCGACCCAACCUUCGGACGCCGAACACGCCACCUCCGAGAUGACCGGAAGCAGCUGCGCAAGCAACGGCAAGGCACCCGAGCAGAUUCCCCCGGGGGCCAGCGAGGAGGCCAGCGAGGAGGCCAGCAAGGAGGCCGGCCGGCACGAAAACGCGCCGGGCGGCUGGCCGGACACGUGGACGCCUACGGGCUUGGAAAGAGAUGACGGUGGGAACGACCCGGCCAGCGUGCGCCUUUCCAGGAGAAAGCCCAUAUGCCAAACAUGCGGUAAAGAGUUCUCGGAGCCGAGCAGCCUGCGGCGCCACGCGCGCAUCCACAAGGGCCUGCGGCCAUUCGUUUGCUCGCUGUGUGACAAGGCGUUCACGCAGGGCAACCAGCUCAAGACCCACAUGCGGAUACACACAGGUGAAAAGCCCUACGUGUGUGAAGUGUGCGGAAAGGCGUUCGCACAGAAGUGUCAAUUGGUGUUUCACACCCGCAUGCACCACGGGGACGAGAAGCCGUACGGCUGCGACGUCUGCGGGCUGCGCUUCGCCACAUCCAGCAACCUGAAGAUUCACGUGAGCAGGAAACACAGCGGAGAGAAGCCGUACAUGUGCGACACGUGCGGGCAGCGGUUCGCUCAGGCGAGCACGCUCACCUACCACGUGCGCCGGCACACGGGCGAGCGCCCCUACGUGUGCAACGUGUGCGGCAGGACCUUCGCCGUGUCCAGCUCGCUCAUCACGCACGCGCGCAAGCACACCGGUGAAAAGCCCUACAUAUGUAACACCUGCGGGAAAUGUUUUUGCUCCUCGGGGGAGUUAAAAAAACACUCGCGCUCGCAUACUGGCGAGAGGCCGUUUAUUUGUGAAAUAUGUGGAAACUUGUACACGGAUGCAAAAAAUCUGCGCAAGCACCUCAACCGCGUGCAUUUGGGUGAAAAUUUUUCCAAUAAGAAGACCGACAUGGAGGACUCUUCCACGUCAUACCUGAAAACAGAACCGAAAUCUGAGGCCGAUAUUCUACCCAUAGAGCAAUUGGUUGCCAUGACAACAUCCCACCUUCCCACGGAGGUGAUCGUCACAGACGGCGGCGGAGGAGGGCAGGCGUCUGUGACCAUCACGACGGGGGAGGCCAACGCCCACCUGGUGUACCUCGCCUCACAGCUGUACUGCGACCAGGCCUGAGUGUACGCGCCAGGCUACGGCACAGGCACGGAUUCAACGUCGGCAUUGAAAUAAAACUAAAAACCAUUUUUUUUCCUUUUAUAAAUGGCCGGUGUACGAAACAAGGCUUCGCCUUUUGGAAUGUAAACAAACGUGGUUCAAUGUGAAAACUUGCAAUGCGUGAUUUUACGGAAAUGUUCGUAUUUAAUAUAGGACAGGACUGAAGUUGGGAUCAAACGUGCAGCACUUAUCCACAAGAGGGUUUUUUUUUGGGUUAGAUCCCUGUCGUUAAACACCGCCACUGCCCAACACGGCCAAUUGGUAAGGUUUGUCACGUAAACAAAACGUGCCGAUUUGUUACUAGUUCAGCACACCCGGUGUGUUGAAGAGUGAACCCACAGCAUUUACAAUUUGGUGAGUGCCAAAUGAAAGCGGAAUCGGAACGAGCGGCACGAGAGACCCCACGCGCGGCAGUCUCUCGCCCGCGAAGCUUGGGGGGGGUCAUGCGUGCGGCGGUGCCGAUUCCUGGCGUGGCACUGUAGAUCUGUGCCGUCGGGGACACGCUGGCAUCCGCCUCUACGCGCUGCCGUUAAAACGCCAACGUUCUUGUGGGCGGCGAGAGAGCCGUUGGCUUGUUUCGUGCUUUGUAGCCGCGGUGGUGCGCGAAGCACUGUUAGGAAAUUGAAAAUUUGAGCGUUGUUCUUUUUUACGAUCUCCAACGUCCCACACGAAUGUCAGUCCCCAUUCCAAGGUUAGUUUCCAAGAUUAGCAUACAUUGUCCUUGCAGAAUAACAAAUCUACCGAGUUAAAGUUUUUCACCCGCAAAUUCUGAAAUGACUGACGGUUUACGCUCUCGGACCAAACUUUUUCAGUUGUUGAAAAACUGUAAAUAACAAAUGAGAGACUCUUGUGCUCACUAAUAUUUCCCAUGUUUUGCCAAACGCUCGGUCAGUAAUGUAAUGUUUGGCAUGUAAAGACCUUGCAUGCCUUCAUAUGUAGAAGGAAGUAAUUUCUACAUAGGACGUUAUAUAUUUAUCGUGCAUCUUUUACAAUUCAACAUUUGUUUCAAUUGAGGUCGUCGUCUUUGUAGCUGGUCUGGUAUUUUUAAUGCGAGGUUGCAGCUCGCCCCUUGCUGCUCCUUAGCCGGUUCGCCAGUGAUGCAUGGAGAGCAUGAUGCCUGCUUUUUAUCAACUGGGAAUGUGUGUAUACACAAUGUGUGACCACGAUAUAUGGCUUCGCAAUAAUCCUUUCGUGAAGACGAACAAUGAAUGCCACCUAUUGGGGCAGAGACCCCCCCCCCCCCGAUCGCGCGACAACACUGCACGCGGCAGAGUUUCAAGCGCUUUUUGCGCAUUAGGUGAAGUGGCUGCCCGUCAGAUGUUCUCUGUAGGAUGCCAAGUGCACAGCACCUGACGUGAUGGGAAAGCGCUGCCAAUGCAGGUGCCGAGAAUUCGGUGAUCUCGGAAGGCGUUAAUUUAGGCAAACGAUCGUGAAUUUAAAUAAAAGGUUGUGUGCUCUUUUAUAUCCUGGCUAUGAUUUCACGCAGUUUACUGUCGCAGGAAAAUAACUUUGUUUUCCCUCAAUGUACAGGGUGCUUCAAAAAAAUAUUUUCACUUAUAUGGGACUAUUGUUUUUAAUGGAAUAAUAACAAAUGUAUGUUAAUAGCUUCAAAAAGUCAGUCUCCAUUUGUUCGCAUCAUUGUCAACACAUGCCUGGAAUCUUCUCCAGAUGGUUUCCAGAGCCCGGAGGCACAUUUCUUGUGGUAUUGUUGCAAUUCUCAGAAGUGUUAAACAAAAAUUUGACGCACCCUGUACUACACAUACAUAAGAGUUCAUGUCAUCUUGGAGGAAGACGGGUAGCAUCACUGAGCUGAAUGCACCUCCAAGUAUGCAAUUCAAACAGCACCGUACGCAUACAAAAAUGAGGACAUAAAGGACUACAACUUUUUAAGUAAGAUGUAAUCAAAGGAUAUAUUUAAUAUAUUGCUCAUUUUAUAGAGUAGUCUGAACCCAUAGGAAUGUUUGAUUUACACUCGCUGGCUCAGCAGAGCGAGGCCACUCGUUGGGCGCAAGCCUGCCAGGCAGGGGUUGGUGGAUCACGGAGGUCUGAGAGAAACUCGUGAAAUCCCCCCCCCCCCCCCCCCCGUUGCGUUCCGACGAGCCAGGACCUUGUGGAGACAGCAUUGCGAUCCCACUUAUAUGGAGGAAACCGCUUGGCUCGUCAUAAUCAACUUCACAGAAUUAUCAAUUGCGUACAAUUAGUUGUUUAUGUCGUAUACAGUCCAUAUUUGAUGUUUGGGUUAGACCGUGUAGUUAUGUCUGUUGAACUUCUUUCGCACCGUACGUAGCCAACCGUGCUCAUCGGAGGUGCGGGAGGACAACAAACUAAACACAACAAAAAACAGCUCUCAAGGGAAAAUGUGUGUUGUAAACCCUUCUGCACCCGACAGCAAAUUAAUGAAGUUACGUGAACAAGCGGCGGGCAAUUGCCAGAAAUCCUGAAAGUGUUCAGAUGAUGCUGGUUGUAACUAGCAGCGAAACCUUGUACCAAGUUAUAAAUGUUGUGGAUUGUUCGCUCACACACCGCCAUGCUCAAGCAGUAGUAAGUUUGGACGUUCGUUCACGUGCGACGACUUUAUUAUGAAUUGGCCGCGUCAGGUGGAGGAUGAUGUACGGCAAACAUACUUAAGCAGUCUGACCCAAACAUCGAUCGUGAACCAUUGGUUGCGAAGGUUUGCAUGUUUAACGUAAACAGUUCAUUGAGAUAGAAUGUAUUUAUAAUUGGACCAAAGUAAAACAAGGUUAGAUUGUAAAAAAAAAAUACUGACUUGUGUAUGAUUUUACAUUAGUAGUUUUGAUAGGUGAUCGCCUAAAAUCAAGUGGCACUGCAUCAUUUGCGGUAUUGUGUCGUCUUAAACGUAAAACUGCAGUCCAACUGCUCACGGCAAUUUCGCCCAAUGCUUUUGUGUCAAAAUAGGAAAAUUAUUUAACAAUUUUUGUUGUUAAAUAAUUGUUCAUUUUGCAUGUUCUCACCAUGCUUUGUUUUUCGGUUGUCAUUUGGAGGUACACUUGACCUGCGCCCAUCAUCCCAUGCCUGUCAAUCCCUUAUCAGUUGCCUACCUUACUACAGACCAAUUCAGGCCUUAUUGGUCACCCCGUGCCCUUAUACAUUUCAACGUUCAUCCUAUAAAGUCCCAUCACAAGGGAGAAAACAAACAGACGUGAUUUUGUUGUUUCCCGUAUUGAAACGGCUGUACACCGUAUGGACCUGAAAAUUAAUUUUCCCUGUACAAGAAUAUGGGGUAAACCGUAUGGGUUGACAGCUAUGUAAUCCUUUCGUGCAAAGCCAGCGAAUACUUUACAUAAAAAAUAUCACCAAUGUUAAAAACUGCCAAAGUUUUUUUAAUAGUACGGCAUUCGGAAGUUACUUCAGCUCGACGGGGUAUCAAGCAACAACACUUGGGCCGGUAAUGUCCCUACCGAGACUCGUUUUGGCACGAUAACACGCCAGUCAUUGCACUACAUCGACCAGAGAGAGCAACUAUCUCGCAUGUCAUCAACGGGAGCCGUUUAUUGAAUUACAGAAAACGAUGAAGGUGAUUAAUAUUUUUUAUUUCCCCCCACAAAUAUUCUGACCUUGCAUUUUGUAGCCGUUCUUUGAGCCCAGCGGGGGGCCGCUUAUACCUUGCCUUGCGGUGUUGGAAUGGUGCUAGGAACCCUUGCAAUAUUGUACCUGUAGCGGUCUCUUCGUGGGCAUUUUGAGGCAUACAUUGAGCCCGUUUGAUAGCAUCCAAGGUCGUUUGUACAGUAGCCCCCUCGGUUUACCAUGCCAAUCGAUUAACGAGAUUUUGAUUAAAGAUCCGCCUCUCCCCGUAAGGGGUCCCCAUUGUUUCUAUUAACGGAACAUUUUCGAUUAACGUUUUUGUUUUACGGUGUCACGUGGCCCCGCCAAUUUCGGCCAAUCGAAGCGCUCCUAAAGUGGGCUCUGCAGCAGACCUCAGCCAGUCGGCGACGUCCCCUUACGAUGAGCGUUUUGGGAGCAACUGGCUGCUGGCUUUUCAAUGUUUGAUGUGUGUUGUUUAUGGAAAAACACAGCUCUCUUUAAUACUUAACAUGUUCUUAUAACGUUUAUUUAUUAAAAUUGCGUGUUUUAAUAUUACAAAGAAUAUUUUUAGGGUGGGAAAAAAAGGUCAACUUCUGAUCGUCUCGGAACAAAUGGAGCCCUCUAAAUGUGCAUUUCCUACAUUCGAUUCACGAUUAUUUCUAUUAACGACGGGUUUUCGUGGAACCCAUUAACAUCGUUAACCGAGGGACCCUACCGUAUUGAUCAUUCGGGACUCGGGAGAGCGGUUUAACAACGCGGUGUAGUGCCACCUGACGGAAUGCCAAAUGGUUUGCGAACCGCUUAUAAUACAGCUAAAGAAACUCGUUCAAACUGUACAUUGACCCGUGCAUGCGACGUGAAUGACUAAUAUUUUAAAUUUAUAAAGCGCCCUUUAACAAUCGUUCUCAGGGCCGCUAUGAACUCGGGUAAACCUCGGUUAAUGCAUCUGGUUUGGUGAAUGCAUCAGUUUUGAUGGUAGGAUCUGCUUCGUUGUACAUUUGAAGUUUGAAACACAGGGUGAUCCAUUUAUAGAUACCCCCCCCCCCCCCCCCCCCACUAAAAUAAUAGGGAUAUUUUUUGUAUUAAGAAAACGGCAUUUGAAUGCGAAGCUCCGAUCUCAAUACAGUGUACGUUAUUGUUUUACAUCUCGCCUGGUGCACUUUGCCAACCUAGCCAGUAUGAUUUGUUUUUGGUUGGACACAUGAGGCUUUCGCGACCAACGAAAUCAAUAAGAUAGUUUUUUGGAUUAGAUCGCAUAAAUAUAUAUCUCGUUAAACCCACCAGCACCCGACACGGCCAAUUAGUAAGGUUUGUCACGUAAACAAAACAUGCCAAUUCGUUACUAGUACAGCACACCGGUUGUGUGUUGGAGAGUAAAGCUACAACAACAUUUACAAUUAGUAACGAAUUUCCACGUUUUGUUUCCCUAACAAACCUCAUUAAUUCGCUGUGUCGGGUGGUGGCGAGUUAAAAGACGCGUUUAUAUUUACGCGAUCUAACCCAAAAAAUCUAAUGGAUAGUUUAAAUGAGGACACACACAUACGGAGAUGUGCCAAGAGACGAAACUGGGCAGGUUCCAAAUGUGUGGGGGGCAGCAGCUACGUUCAAAUGCGAAAUUCCGAUAACCAUUAACAGACAAUCGUACACGCGUGCGCGCGUCGCAGCUCGUGCAAGGGGGGCCAAACCCCAAUUUAACACGUAGGCUUUCGCGACCAAUGUUAUUCAUAAUCAACGAUUUUUGGGUUUAGAUCGCGUUUAUUUAUAAAUGUGUCGUAACCCUCUGGCGAAUUGCCCGAUGAUGCUGGUUGUAAUUACCAGCGAAACGUCGUACUCAAAUUGUGAAUGUUGUUGCUUCAACACACCGGUGGGCUAAAGCAGUGAACUAUUUGUCUUUGUCAACGUGACACAUUUUUUACUGAUUGGCCGUGUCGGGUGGUGGAGGGUUACGACACAUUUAUAAAUAAACGCGAUCUAAGCCCAAAAAUCGUUGAUUAUAAACCCCAAUUUGUUCCAUUGUGGGAGGGUGGGGGCGGUGGGGAGGGUGUUGGGGGUGGUCCAUCCAACGCAACCUCCCCUUGUAACCCAGUCGCACGCUGCCGCACGGGGAGCGAGGCGUGGAUGGUAUCGCUGUCGGGAUCGAUGUCGCGCGUUAAGGGCUGCUCCGGCAGAGCAAGGUCGCUUUCCUGCCGUGAACGGUGUCCGUUUUGGGCGGGUAAGAAUGUGUUGAGCAAUCGGGGGUUUCAUCGGAACUGGCAAACCAGAAUGGGGCACUCGGUCGGGGUGUUGUCGGUCUAUCAAAUGAAACUAAUUUAAAUCAUGUUAUUUUAUUGUACCAGGUAUAAGGCCCAUUCGAGCUAUAAAACGACCUGGCCACAAAUGAUAUCUCUACGAAGUGGCUUAUGUGGAAUUUUAUCGCAGCUUAAAUACUCUUAAACGCGGAGAAAAGUCCUGACCACGGGGGAGAGAGAUAUGCAAACUCCAAGCGUCGGUCAGGAUCGAACCUACGACCUUCUGUAUAACAGGCGAGGGAGUUAACAUCUCGCCAACCAAAUCCUGGAUGGAGGUUGACUCAGCCCAUCAUCUCUCUGUGAUCAAUACAAUAAAUGGAUCACCCUGCACUUGGUUCAUUGUAAUCAUCGGAGCGAUACAUUUGAGUUGAUCGGCUGUGUGAGACUGUGCCUGUGCACGUACGAUGUGUUUACGUUGUGUUUAUGCCGGUUUAUCCCAAAAGGUUUGUGUAACCUUCAAUCAAGUACCUUUGAAGCUGUGCUACUUUAUAGGCAAGAAAUGUUGUUGGUUAUAAAUCAAUAAAACAAAUGCUUGAA